CUCUCAACUCGGCGAGAGCAAUACUCUCGAUCUGCAAUUCCAAGGCUCUCCUUUGUUCCUGUCCUCAUCUGUCUUUCCCUAAUAUUCUUUCUUAUCUUUCCGUAUCUUCAGGCAACGACCCCAAGGAUUGGAAUACACUCCCAACGAUGGCGGAGAACGCAUACCCCUCGCCGACACAGUCACUGUAUACGGAGGACUUUCAGGAUCUUCCCUCCCCAUCGUUCACCUCGGAUAUCACGCGCAACCUGAACGCGCAGAACAGCCUCCGUCAGACGUCGGAAACGCUGCAGGCAACAUAUCGCCGCUUGCGCCAAGUGCGCCAGAGCCUGAUGGAGCUUACGGCCUCGCUCCCAUCGCACUCGCGCCAACUAGAAGACACCAUGUCGCUCAUGGACCCCGGCCACGAAGCCAUCUCGCUCGUCGAUCACGAUGACGAUGAGCGCCGUCCGACGACAACAACAGCGGCGGCAGCAAGCACGUCCCGCUCGCCUGUGGCCACCACCACCCUGCACGAGCUCGAGCGCCUCCGCCCCACCCUUCCUCCCGAAACAUACAACCGCAUCCGCCAGUUCGCGAUGCGCUACGACUCGCAUGCGUCCUCAGCGCCGGGAACGCCGGCGCUGCGUGCGGGCCCCCUCCCUAUACCCUCCCCCGUGACCGGCGUACGGUCCCCUCUGAGCCCGCGCAGCCGACCCUCCCUCGCCGAGCGCCGCUCAGAGCACGCCUUUGUUCUCCGCCGCGGGGAUGAGGAGGCGCAGACGACGCUCGGGCGGCGCGUCACCGCCCGCGAGGCCAGCCCGGGCGCGUCUGGCGAUCGGGGCACCCUCCCCGCCCUGCGGAUCAUGCGCACACUCUCGCGCACGCCCGACGCGCGCCCCGUCAACAUCGACGGGGAUGCCCUGUCGCCGCUGGAGCCCCGCGCUCGCACGCCCGUGGCUGGUAACGAAUUAUACAUCCGCACGCGCGCCACACAGGCGGGCGGAUCGGAUCAGGGGGCGUCCGCGGGGCGGCAGACGCCCUCUGGGAGACAGACACCCUCUGGCCGGCAGCUGGGGCCCCAGAGUCGGUUGUCGACCUUAUCGGGGCUGGGUAGUGUGCAGAACAUUGCAUCGCCGUCGUCGCCGAUGCUUCCCCCUCGGCCCGUGCUGUUCGCCGAGCCUGAGUCGAUGGCGGAGAACGAGAGUGUUACCGUGAGCAAUGCAGAACGUCGGGCAGCGGACGUGCGCGCUUCCUACCUGUGGGAUUUGGCAACGCCUCAAGCGCCGCGACCCCCGCGACCUGUGGCACGGACUGUGCGCUACGACGUUGACGGCAACGAGCUACGCGAACCUUCCCGUGAACCACCAGUGACUCGCGCACCCAUUACCCCAGACUCUGCUCACGGGGACCCGCGCGUCCGCCUAGGCGCCUCGCGCAACCUCGAGCGCAACGAGCAUGGCGACGCCUGGGUUCUCGUCGAUGACGAUACAUCAACUGCCGUCAAUGGAGGCCGCGCCGCCGCCGACCGUGCGUGGGCCGCUCGCCCUGAGUUGCAAUCUUGGCGGGAGUGGCAGUCGGCGCGGGAAUGGCGAGAUCCGCUCGUGCGCCGGGAAAGGGAGAGCGAGGCGCCACGGAAAGCGCCUGAGCCCGGGCUCACCACGACGGGAGAGCCUGUGUUCUAUGGGUCUUCGGAACCGUUUGAGCCGGAUCCUCUACCUAUGCCGUUGGGCGAGAUGGUCGUGUACCCCGCAGAGACCCGGCGGUCGCUACCGCGGCCACGGACAGUGGGCAUAGAGGCCAGUGAGGCUGGUCGGUGAAGUCAGCGACGCUGCAAGGUGAAGCAGUGGAAGUGAAGGAUUUGUGAGAGUCUGGAGAUCUCGAUGAGGCAGGGAGCUGCCCUGAAUUGGGUUAAAUCGAUACUCGUACAGGGUCCGUAUAUGUCCUACUUACCCGCCUGCAGAAUUCAAGUUUCUGGAGUGGCGCUAAUGGAACAUGAUAACACCGAAA